ACCUGAAAAAGUGAAAACUAAACUCCUACAAGGAACAGUCUUUUAUCUUCUUCCUCAGACGCAGAAACACAGCUAGCUGUUAUUACUCUGGGCGUCUGAGGUUUAUUAGUUUGAGGGAGCUGAGGGAUAAUGGACAAUGGGAAAGCGUCGGUGGCGUGUGCGUCGUGGAUCAGACGGCCAGAGAACGCUCAUCUGGUGGUGAUCGGAAAGACCAACCCUUCUUCGCUGGAAAUUUUUUCCUUCCAUCCCAAAACUACUUCGCUUUCUCCUUCUCCAAAGGCAAAGUAUGCGUUUGAAGGAGAAUGUGAACCUGUGAGCAUUGCGGUGCAUCCCAGUGGAGACGUCGUCGUUUGCUCUACUACCACUGGUUGCAAAUUGUUCGAGUUGUAUGGUCGGGAAGAUAACCUAAAACUUUCGUGUAAAUACUUAAUUCAUCUCCAAAAUGUUGGCCCACAACAGUGCUUGGCCUUCAGUGUUGAUGGAUCUAGAUUGGCUGCUGGUGGUGUUGAUGGACAUUUCAGACUCUAUGAGUGGCCAAACAUGCACAUUAUUGUAGAUGAACCAGGAGCUCACAAGUCAUUUCAAGAUAUGGAUUUUAGCUUAGAUUCUGAGUUCUUAGCUUCAACAUCUACUGAUGGUGCAGCGAGAAUAUGGAGGACAAGUGAUGGUAUUCCGGUGUCAUCUCUAGCGCGAAACCCUGACGAAAAGUUUGGACUUUGCCGCUUUUCUAAAGAUGGAACUAAGCCAUUUGUGUUUUGCACUGUCCAAAAGGGUGAUAAGAUGCUGAUUGCUGUCUGGGAUAUUUGUGAGUGGAAGAAAAUUGGGCAUAAAAGUCUGCUGAAAAAGCCAGCUUCUGUAAUGUCAGUUAGUUUGGAUGGGAAAUACCUUGCUAUAGGAAGCAAAGAUGGGGAUGUUUGUACUAUUGAAGUGAAAAAGAUGGAGGUUUCCCACUUGAGUAAGAGACUUCACUUGGGCUCAAACAUUGCAUCCUUGGAGUUUUGUCCUAGUGAAAGGGUUGUUCUUACUACAUCAGCUGAAUGGGGGGCAAUGGUAACCAAGUUAAGUCUUCCUGCAGAAUGGAAAGAAAUCCCAGUCUUUUUGGAACUUCCCCGAUCCAUACUCGAGACCAACAGACAUCUGAAGACUGAAUCAUGUUUGGACAUUUGGAAUACACAAUCUUAUCCAUCCAGGGAUCAUUUGGAUCCAUGGUCUUUCAAUAUAUUCCGAGAUUUUUAACACACUGUAUUCAGGCUAUUAUGUUAUAGAAUCAGAAAACUUUUUGCAGACAGUUGAAGCCAUAGGCUUUGGAACUUUUUUUGCUGUCAAAUGAACUAAAGACUCAUUUCAACUACUUGUAGCCUAACUAUUAACAGCUUUUCUUUUGUCUCAAAACGUUGUUAAGGUUUUUUGUGUCUGUUCAAUGAACU